GCCCCCGCCCCCUCCCGCCUCCGCCACCGGCCCCGCGCGCCGCCGCCGCCCGCUCCCGCCGGCCCCGCCAUGUCGUUUCGGAAGGUGGUGCGACAGAGUAAAUUCCGGCACGUUUUCGGGCAACCGGUGAAGACGGAGCAGUGCUACGAUGACAUCCGCGUCUCCCGGGUCACCUGGGACAGCACCUUCUGCGCCGUCAACCCGGCCUUCCUCGCCAUCAUCGUGGAGGCCAGCGGCGGCGGCGCCUUCCUCGUCCUCCCCUUGCACAAGACCGGCCGCAUCGACAAGUCGUACCCCACGGUGUGCGGGCACACGGGGCCCGUCCUGGACAUCGACUGGUGUCCCCACAACGACCACGUCAUCGCCAGCGGCUCCGAGGACUGCACCGUCAUGGUGUGGCAGAUCCCCGAGAACGGGCUGAGCCAGCCGCUGACGGAGCCGGUGGUGGUGUUGGAGGGACACUCCAAGCGGGUGGGCAUCAUCUCCUGGCACCCCACCGCCCGCAACGUCCUCCUCAGCGCCGGUUGCGACAACGUGGUGCUGAUCUGGAACGUGGGGACGGCGGAGGAGCUGUACCGCCUGGAGGGGCUGCACCCCGACCUCAUCUACAGCGUCAGCUGGAGCCGCGACGGCGCCCGCUUCUGCACCGCCUGCAAGGACAAGAGCGUCCGCGUCAUCGACCCCCGCCGCGGCACCGUGGUGGCCGAGAAGGAACGGGCGCACGAAGGGGCUCGGCCCAUGCGGGCCAUCUUCUUGGCCGACGGCAAGAUCUUCACCACCGGCUUCAGCCGCAUGAGCGAGCGGCAGCUGGCGCUGUGGGACACGGUGAGGGCCACCCCGGGGGGUCCCGAGGGACCGUGUCGGGCUGUCCCCCCUGGGCUCACCCCCCACCUCACCCCACAGGAGAACCUGGAGGAGCCCAUGGGGCUGCAGGAGCUGGACUCCAGCAACGGGGCUCUGCUGCCCUUCUACGACCCCGACACCAACGUGGUCUACGUCUGCGGCAAGGGGGACUCGAGCAUCCGGUACUUCGAGAUCACGGAGGAACCACCCUACAUCCAUUUCCUCAACACCUUCACCAGUAAGGAGCCCCAGCGGGGCAUGGGCUGGAUGCCCAAGCGGGGGCUGGACGUCAGCAAGUGCGAGAUCGCCAGGUUCUACAAGCUGCACGAGCGCAAGUGUGAGCCCAUCAUCAUGACGGUGCCAAGGAAGUCGGACCUGUUCCAGGACGACCUGUACCCCGACACGGCGGGCCCCGAGGCGGCCAUGGAGGCGGAGGAGUGGGUGGCGGGGAGGACGGCGGGGCCGGUGCUGGUGUCCCUGCGCCAGGCCUACGUCCCCAGCAAGCAGCGGGACCUCAAGGUCAGCCGCCGCUCCCUCCUCCACGAGAGCCGCCCCCCCCCAGCCGCCGCCGCCGCCCCCCCCAGCCGGAGCCACCACCCCCCCCUCCACGCCCCCCCGCCGCCGCCACCGCCGCCCCCACCCGCCUCAGCGCGCCCCCGGCGCUGGGCACCCUCCCCGCGGCGCACACGGGGGGCGGCGGGCGGCUGGAGGAGGUGCUGCAGGAGGUGGCCGCGCUGCGGGCGCUGGUGGCCGAGCAGGGCCACCGCAUCGCCCGCCUGGAGGAGCAGCUCAGCCGCCUGGAGAACGGCCACGUCUAGGGACAUCGCCCCCCCCUCCCCUUCCCUCCCCCCCCCAAAACCCCUCUCCCUUCCCUCAGGGACCAAACCCCCCCCCCCCUAACUCCGGGGACACCCCCCCCCCUCCAGGGACCAUGCCUGCGCCCCAGGGUCCCCCGAGCCCUCCCACCCCCCCUGGGGUCUUGUCCCCAUGUGUGUCCCCCCGUCCGUCCCCUCCCCAAGCUGGGUCCUUCUCCCGUUGGAGGGCUGGCCGCCCCUCUGGCAGCUCCCCCCUCGCCCCCAUUGCCUUACUGGGUGCUGCCCCCCCACCCCCCCCCCC